GUUUGCCCACGAAAACCGAGUCUUACUAUCAAUACUACGCCGACGACUACGACUAUUCUUCAGACGAUGAUUACUUGAACGAGAACGAACAAGUGGUUCAUACCAUCCCACAAUUCACGUCCACAUCAUCAGAAAUGUUGAUUAAUGAAGGCGACACCAUCAAGCUGCCAUGCUUUGUGGACGAACUUGAUGGAUAUGUGCUAAUGUGGAAGAAAAAGAACGACAUCAUCAGUUUGGGUGGACAAAUGAUGAAGAAGGAUGCCCGAAUUCAGUUGGUGGAGGGCAAGAAUGGCAAUACACUGGUAAUAUCUUUGGCUGAGGUGGAGGAUGAGGGCGAAUAUCAAUGCCAAUUGUCCGCCAAUCAACUCAUGGAGAUCAGACACAAUGUUAAAAUUCGGGUCAAACCCAUGAUCCGACCCAACCCGACCAAUGGUUUGGUCGUGGUUUACGAGGGCGAACCCGCCACGCUGGGAUGUGAAAUCCUGAAGGGAUCUCCAAUGCCUGAUCUCAUUUGGACGCGAAAGGAGAGAAAGUUCUCGAGUGGCGAAGAUGAGCUCCGAGGUCUGGAGAUCACAUUUCCGCGUGCCACCCGACAUCAUUCCGGAGUGUACAUUUGUCAGGCCAACAAUGGGUUCUCGAAAAUCCCGGCCACGGCCACCGUCCGCCUGGAUGUCCAACAUGCACCUUCAGUGGAACAAGAGCAGACCUUCAUUCACACCCGAGAAAACGAUGAGACGGAAGUGGUGUGUAUUGUCCACGCCUCGCCCAAGGCCAAGGUCGAAUGGUUCAAGAAUGGCCAGCUUCUCAAAUUGGGCGAGGGAAUCGUAUCCCAUCGGAACAAUCGACACACUCUUCUUUUGCCGGGGAUUACUCAAUCCACGUUUGGAACCUAUUCCUGUCGAGCAACCAACAGGUUUGGGAGCGAUGAACGUACCACUCAAGUGUCGGGUGAACAUGACGAUGACACCAACGCUCUGGAAGAGCCUUUUGACAUCACCCCUGGUCUGGCCAGUUCAGCUAGUGUCAAGACCAGCCCCUAUGGAGAGGAGAAGAGUGGCUACAAAGUAGAGUGGGUGGCUGAGAGCAUCACGCCCAUCACUGCCUUCAAGUUGCAAUACCGUCCUGUAGGCACCAGCUCUUGGUCCGAGGACAUCCUGGUCACGCCCACCUCCAAUGGGGAUCAUCUCUACUCUGGCAAAUACAAGUUCCAGAAGCUCCAGCUCUCAGCCCAUUACGAGGUCCGGAUAUCCAGCAAAAAUGAAUACGGAUUCAACGAUUGGUCCGAAGAAUUCGCCUUUGGAACCAAAGGAGCCGAUCUUCCCUCCUUGGACAAACGAAUGGAAUUGAGCAAUGAUUUCCCCAACGAUUUAGCCCCUCUUCAACAACCCUCCACUGGCCACGCCCACAAACAAGCAGUCACCCUCCUGGGCUCACAAAUUCUUGCCUUUGUCAUCUCCGCUCAUCUUGUCAUUGCCAGAGUUUUCCAUCAUUAAAGAAAAAUAAUGCGAUUCCGAUCUCCUUCUUCGUCUUCUCGUUCAAUAACUCUUUUUUCCGCCCACAACAAGUGCCAACAAGUGCCAACUAGUGGGAAGAAUCUGAAAUGCCACGAAUUCCAAUAACAGCUUGUUUACCUCUCGCACGCGUUGUUACUUUUUUCCAACGGACAAGAAAAGGGAUGAACAAAGUUUUAUCAACAAGGCCCAAUUUGGUUGGCAUAAUGAUUUUUCCCGAAGAAGUCGGUGACUUGAUGUCUGUGGGAGAUAAGAGUGGAUGCAUUCCAGUGGGAAUCCGGUGAUUUGGGACGAAAAAAAAACACAUUGUCAAUCGACAUUUUGCGAAUAAGAGCAAUUGAAAAAAUGAGCUUCUGAAUUCAGGGUUCCCAGCCAAAGAGAAAUAAGCGAUAACUCGAAUUCAGUGUGUGUUCAAUUACGAAAGUGAUGUUUAGAAAUAAAGAAGAAACAAAAAACCAAGAACAAACUGACCAACCAGAUAAAAGACUCCGAUCUCAAGAACAAUAGAUGUUUCAUGGACCAGAAGGUGCCUCGCAAUAGACGUUUUCAAUUCAACAUAUGCAACAAAUCACCCAUCCACCAAGACAAAGAAAUGGCAGACUGCGAGGACAUUUUGCUCAUUGACGGAUGACCUAUAAUGGAUGUGUAAAUACAAUUGCAUAAUCGACCUAAAUUCAUCUUGAGUGUGUUUGUACCUAAACCAUUACUGUUUCAUUCUUUAAUUCAGUCAUAUCAGUUUUUUUCUUGGUGAUGCCAUGAUUCAGGCCUCAUAAUGAUGUACUACUCUUGUAUUUCGUGACGGACGAGAAAUUUUAAACAAUCACCAAAUAUAUAAGUUUAUACUGAAUGAA